AAGGCGUGACUCCGCCUUUUCUCCUGUUUACCUGAGGAGCUACAAAUAGCAGUGUAAGAAGUAGGAACACACCUGUCACUGCUGCUGCCGUCGACUCACCUGGACUGAAGAAACCACACACCACACCUUUACAGACCACUGUCCUCUGUCGUCAUGUGUCAGUGGUUGACCUCUAGCCUCUGUGUUGUGAUGCUGCUGCUGUGUCCAGUCAGUUUCAGCUACGAGGGGCUCAGCCCAGGACCUGGCUGUCAUCUAUACCGGUUCAACGUGACCAUCCGUAGUGACCAGCGUGGGACAUGUAAAGGAACUCAUGUUGUUAAUGCCUGUGUUGGCUACUGUGAGUCCAGCUUCCCAUCCCGCUACUCUGUUCUGGUGGCAUCGAACUUCACUCACAACAUUACCUCGGCAUCACAAUGCUGCACCAUCAGCAAGGACGCAAAGAUCAAAGUUCGUCUUGACUGUCCUCGUGGUCGUCACCAUGAUGAUAUCGAGAUCCUGACGGCUCAGGCCUGUCGUUGCGACAUGUGUCGCAAGUCACGCUACUGACAUGCCACCGUCUCCGCGGGAACACACGCUACACGCAACAAAUUGUAACAUGAGGACUUGGAUGAAGAGAAGACAAGGAAGUGUGUGUGUGUGUGUGUCGUCUGUGUCUGUGUGUGUGUGUGUGUGUCUGUGUGUGUGUGUCUGUGUGUGUGUGUGUGUGGUGUGUCUGU